AUAAAAGCUAUGGACCGGAAAUAACACUGUAAAAGUGUUAACUUUUACCUUAAACUUUAAACCCGCGAGUUGAAUAAAUACAUUUUAAAAAGGAAACUCAACGAUUAACAACGACGGGUGAAAUAACGUCAAAGAAGAGACACUUUAUUCUUUUCGAAUAAUGUGUGACCGCCCAAAGGUCCAUGUUUUCCUCGGGGCUCCACCGCUUGGAACUGGAGUGGAAGAUGAAGAGCGACCCCAAUCCGCCUGGAGACACCUGGGCCUCACCUGGGUGGACGGACACCUGAAGCCUACAACAGGAGAGGAGAAAGCUAAUCAACGUGCCCAAACUUUACUGAGGCAACAGGGACCAACAAACGCUAAUCUGGAUAAUUCCUGCUCCGAAAGGGAUCAGACGUCAGAGAAACCAGGAAAACAUGAACAAGGGAGAUCAGAAGCUGAGUUUAAUGCAGAGGGGGAGGGUCUGUGCUCAGAUGACCACAGUGCUGCAGGAAGAUUUCUGAGCCAAGACAAAGAAUCUGAUCCCGAACAUGAAGAUCAAUGUCCAGCUUUCCUUCAUGAGUAUCUGGACAGCUGUUUCCAUGCAACUCAACCAGAACGGGAUCCAGAACACCAGCAAUCACCAAUCAUCUGUCCUCCAUCGUCACACACACAGUAUCUCACUACCUGGACUCUAAGUCAAACCUUGGUCCUGAGAAGCAGACAUGGCAACCAAUCAGCAACCUGUCCAAAAGACCCCCCUCUUGCUCAGCCUCCACCCGAACACACCCAGACUCCUCCCUCAAUUUCUUCCAGCACCCCGGAGCUCUUUAGCCCUCUAACCCUAUCACCCGAAGCCUCUGCAGAGCUCUGCAGCCAACCCUGCCUGACCCCAAGGGUCAAGGAAGAGGGCAUCAUCCUGCAGGCCACAACAGAUGGGGUGCUCUGUUCUCAGGAGUACAUGACCACCGUUAACACUCCCACUGGGUCCCCCAGUGUCAAGAGAGCUCGGUUCACUGAAGAAUCUGGACUCAAAGUGAAUAAGGUGCAGCCCAGCAGAGUCACUAGCAACACUGGGCUUCAAGGUCCCACCACACUUCUGAAGCUGUGUGACAAACAUGAAGCACGUUACUCGGUUCUGGUAGCAGUGGUUCACCCUUGUCAUCUGAAGGAGGUGAAGGUGAAGUCAGGGCCGUCGUCAGGGACGUUUGUUCCGCUAGCGUCGGUCGUGGUGACAGACCAGUCCACUGUUGAAAUGAAGGUCGUGCUGUGGCGCCAAGCAGCAUUCUGGGCGUUGACUGUUAGUCCUGGAGAUGUCCUGCUCAUCACAGGGCUACAGGUGACUGAAGACCGGUGGAGAGGAGAGACGGUUCUGCAGUCGACCUUCAGGAGCAAACUGCUCAGCCUGGGACCGGCUGCAACAACCCUGUCACCCCAAGCUCAUUUGCAGGUUAAUCCUCAAGCUCUCAGCUCUCUUUGUGGUUUUCUUCGGGAGCGGCGCCCUCUGCUGGUGUCCCUGUCCUGCCGCCCCCAUCAGGAUCUGAGCCGUCUCCCUUACGCCAGCAUGAGGUCGCUGAGGCCCAACAUGUUGGUUAACGCCUGGCUGCGUGUUACACACGCUCAUAUGAGCAGAGCUUGGCGGAGUGAGGCGGGCUCUGGCUGCAGGUCAGUGGUCCAGCUGCACGCGGUUCUGUCUGUGGAGCAGGUGGAUGGAGCGGAGGGGACCCUGGUGCUGUGGGGAGCAGCUGUGGACUGGCUGCAACGCUUCAAAGGCCACAGAGUGGCUGUCUGGGAAUUCCGUGUCCUCCUGGUGAGGGAGGGUUUGACCUCUGACUUCCUGGAGCUGCACUCCACCCCCUGGAGCUCGGUCCAGCCUCUGGAUCCCUGUGACCCCCGGGCGCCAGAGUUAAACACACCACGACCCAUCCAAACAAGAACCAGCAGCAGCAGUUUGGAGCUGGAUCUCGACACACUGCUUUCACAGAAAUACAGCGGUGAAGUGGAGCUGAGAGCUCAGGUCAACAGCUUUCACUUCCAGGAUUCUCCACCUUCCCAAGAUGCAGCUCAGCCGGUUCUGGAUGGCUCUACGCCGCUGGCAGCCAUUCUGGAGGCACUGAGCGGAGACGUGACCUACACGGGGUGUGGUCGCUGCGGCUCUGAGCUUGACACCGACACCAACGGCAUCUACAGCCCCUGUUACCCCUGCCUGCCCCACACCGGCGUACGCCGCUACUACAGGCCAGGUGUGAUGUCAGUGAGUGGGCCAGGCAGCAGGCAGGUGUCUGUCCAGGUUCCUCCGGUUCCUCUGCAGAAGAUCCUUGAUGCUCCACCUGAUAAGCUCUACAGGAGAUCAGCUCCAGAUUCAGAGGUGAAGCACAUCCAGGUAGCAGCAGAGAGGAUCCAGAACCUCGUCUCCCUCCCCAGAAGAACCUUCCUCAUCAGCGUUCGGAGCCACUUUCUGUGUGAUGAGAACAGCAUCCCCAUCAGCCAGGACUUCACGCUGCUGGACCUUCACUUCCCCAACUGAGACAUUAACCAAACCCACUGACUCAAAGCCAAGAGUUGGGCUUUGCAGUUCUGGACAUCAGCAGGAUUGUAAAAAUAAUACCAGCCUCUCAGGCCUCUGGGUGUUUCACUACUGUAGCUGAGCUACGUUUGAGGCCCGGUAGCCUUCAUGGUUCUUUUUUCAUACCUCCUGUCUCAAAGUACAGGAAGACACAAUUCAACAUACACACAUUUUGUUCAGGGAUCAUGUCGACAUCAAAUACUGACUCAUUCAUUUCCACCCAUCAAAUUGAACUCUGGAACAAACACAUCAACGGUGGCAGAUGAUGGACAGACACAGAAGGAAACAUGUUUGUUUACGUGGCAAUCUACGACUCGGCAGUUGUACAGACUUUGAGUCAGGAAGGUUGUUUCAGAGUCAAUGACAUCUCAAAAUAAUAACUGCAACAAGAUUUUAUAAAAGACUAUAUUACUGCAACAAAGUCUGCGAGAAUUCCAUUCCAUGUAAGCAUAAACUCCUUGUUAGAGUGAAUUAAUGGCUCACUUUGUACACACACAUUGUAUCAUCUGCCGACGGUUCAUCUGCUGUGUAUAAAGUAACCAACGUGAAGCUGA